AUGACCCGCCAGGAGGACUUCGGCUCGGACUGGACGUUGCCAGGCCCCAGGACGGCGGCGCGGUGCAUGAGCUACCUUCAGCGGGAGGGCCUUGGCAUCGAGGGCCAUCACGAACACUUCAGGCAGAUCUGCAAACUCUCCGCCACGGAUUGGGGAGUUCAGGAACACUACCAGCUGUGCCAGCAGAUCAAGGCGGCAACCUGUCAGGACCUCCUAGACGGGACGAGCUUGAUCAGCAUUGAGAUGAAGUUUAGGAGGCUCCAGACCAUCGAGUUCGCCUACUGGGACAAGGCCAAGGACGCCGAGAGCAAGGGCGUUGGAGGCAAGAUGAGUCUGGAGGAGCAGGCCGCUUUUUCUGGGGUCUCGCGCUCGACCUCGUCGGUGAUGGUAUCUCCAGAGUUGAUCGAGCAUGUCCGCGGUGACGUUGAGAAGGAAGCGAAGCUACACAAGAGUCUGCGCCUGGCCCGCGAGGAGCGGGAGUCCAGGCGUCGGCCCCGGGAUAUCUUGCCACUGCCCUACCCCUCGUUUAGAGAGCCGCUGGAUAAGGCUUCGGUCAAGGAGCUGGCCAGAGGUACGAGGCAAAGGAUUGGGCGCAGGCUGGGUGUCUGCAGCGAUGUCUAUGGAUGCGUGGACGCUCUUAAUUGGCUUCACGACCCGUCCCUCCGUUGUGGUCGUGACCGUCCUGCACGUUACGUUGGCCCGUCACUCGCCCGGAGCCAGUGCUUGGCCCACAUCUCCGAGUCGGUGCGCAACCUUGGUCCGCCGCCGUCGACUCUCUCUCCCGCAGAAGCGCUGGUGCAGCUUCGCGUGGCCGGGGGUGCCUACAAUGUCGAGCAGUCGCACCUCGGGAGCUGCGACCCCGCGCUCCUCUCCUUGUCUGACGUCAGUACCGCCCCUGCGCCGCUGGCCGACGUGUUCACCGAGCCCCUGGGCGCGCGGCUCGCGACGGGCGACGCCUUCGGCAUGCUGGAGAUGGCGUCGGACGACUCUCUCCUGACGGUGGGGGGUGCCGACCUGAAGGGCGCCUUCUACCACCCUGAGCUGCCCGAGCAGCUCCGUCCGUGUUUCAGGUUGCGACCUGUGCGCGCUGGCGCCCUGGGCAUCAAGGAGGUCGGCGGGGUCUCCGUCGGGGCCUCCACCAAGCUCUACCCGCGCCUCAGGGUCGUGCGCAUGGGGUGGUCCUGGGCCAUGUGGUGGUGUCAGUCGGUGAUGGAGCGUGUGGCAGAGGCAGCGGGCUGCGGUGAUUACUCACGACUUCGAGAUGGCAGACCUGCUCCCUCUUUGGACCCAUCGUGUCACCUUGAGUACGUCGACAACUUCGUGAGCAUCGGCUACGACGCGGAGGCGGUUCGGUCCGCUGUGACUCGUGUCAUGACGGAGCUCAGUCGCCGAGGUCCGGUGGUGACCAGGGAGGAGCCCCUCGGUGACAGCGAGGGCGAGUUUGCGGUGCUGGGUUGGUCCGUCACUGCCGCUGGCCGUCUCUCGGCGUCUGCGUCGAGAUUGUGGAGGGCGCGGCUGGCGGUGCGCGGUUUCCUGCGGCGUGGCCGCGCCAGUGGUCGCGAUCUCGAGCGCGUGCUGGGCCACAUCAUCUUCGUCACUCUCGCUCAGCGUGAGGGCCUGAGCAUCUUCGAGGCGUGUUUCCGCUUCGUCCAGAAGUGCUACCACCAGCAGGUGCCGCUCUGGUCUCAGGUCAGGCAGGAGCUCAUGGCCUGGGAUG